AUGUACAGUGGUUCUUGUUUCAAGGUCAUGAUUGAGGAGCAGCCUGCGCCAUUCAAAUCGGACUUGGAUCAUCUGAUUUUCGGGAUAUGUAUUCCACCAGAAAUUGCUUUUGUUCGCCAACUGCACCGCACUUAUGGGUCGGCUGUUCCGGCGUACACCGACUUCACUCAGUACUACAUGGGCUACUACAUUCACUCCUGCGCCAAAAUGCGUUACAAAGCCCAGUAUUUCCCCUCCUACCUCGCCUGUCCCGAGACGUAUGCAUGGGUUGCGCUGGAGAAGUGCCGGCGCCUGCUAGAUCGAAGCAAGUACGCCCGAUUCGCAGCUGGGGAUGUGGAGAAGGCGUCAAGCGUGGAUGUCGGCAAGGCAGUUAUUCUCUUUCCUUUCUCUACCCCCUUGGCAUCGCUUCUUCCACCAUCCCAAUUCACCGUCGAAGGCAACGUCAUCAUUACAACCGCCGCUGCUGCCAUGCGACUGCUCACCAAACAUGGCUUCCGCCUGUUGCAGGAUUGGAUUAACUUGGUUUGUUCUACUGGCACUAUGCGCAUCGACUACUCCCAUUGA